GGUUGCCCACAGGUCCAAUUAUUUGUUUGAAUAAACAUUAAUGGGUAAUAUUUUGUUGCUUAGAAAAUAGUAGUUCAUCCACAGAUGCCUAUUUUCUUAGUCAAUUAAUAUAUUGCCGUUUAUUGAUUAUUUAUUACCUUGAAUAUAUGUUGUAAUAUUUAUGUUUAUUGUGAGCAUGAUUAAUGUUGCAGCUGCUAACACUGUUCCCGUAGCCCUUCAUUCCCAAGCCGCCAACAUCUCUAGGUUUGAUGGAACUAAUUUUUCUGACUUGCAUGAGCAAGUACUAUUCAGCUUAGCAGUCUUAGACCUCGACAUGUGUCUUCUUGAGGAUGAACCUGCUGCUCUCACUGAUGAGAGUAGUGAGGAUGAGAAGGCCAUUCACAAAGCAUGGUCUAGGUCUAACAGACUUAGCCUUAUGUUCUUGCGAAUGACGAUUGCCGCAAACAUCAAAACCUCUUUACCUGAAACACAGAAAGCGAAGGAAUAUCUUAAUAAUGUCAGAGAUCGCUUCCGCACUGCUGACAAAUCUCCUGCUGGAAAACUUAUGGCUGAACUUACAACGAUGCGGUUUGAUGGUACUCGUACCAUGAAUGAACACAUAAUUGAGAUGACCAAUCUUGCUGCAAAUUUAAGGACUUUGGGCAUGAUAGUGGAUGACUCAUUUCUCGUCCAAUUUGUCCUUAAUUCCUUACCUCCUGAAUAUGGACCUUUUCAGAUCAAUUACAACACUAUUAAAGAUAAGUGGGAUGUAAAUGAAAUGAAAAGUAUGUUGGUCCAAGAGGAAGGGAGACUUAAACAGCAUAAUGGUCAUGUAGCGCAUCUUGACAUGAAAGGAGCUGGAAAGAAGAUUGGAAAAGAAAAAUGAGAAGUGUCAUUUAUGUAAGAAAACUGGACAUUUUCAGAAAGACUGCGCAAAACGCAGAGCAUGAUUCGAAAAGAAAGGUAAACCCUUGUCUUUAGUAUGUUUCGAAUCAAAUUUAAUUGAAGUUCCUUCUAACACUUGGUGGAUAGAUUCUGGAUCAUGUACACAUGUUUCAAAUACGAUGCAGGGAUACCUUUUGACCCGGAACACAAAGCCAAAUGAAGCCUUUCUUUAUAUGGGAAACAGACAGAAAGCCAAAGUUGAAGCCGUAGGAACCUUUCGUUUGAUCUUGAAUUCUGGAUUUUGUUUGGAUUUGUCUGAUACCUUUAAUGUCCCUUCUAUUUCCCGUAAUUUGAUUUCAUUGUCCAAACUUUCCCUUAA